CUAAAGUGGUUUUCGUAGCAAGUUCGCCCAUUAUUGAGAUGCGUGAAUGGUUUUAGUGACAAUACUAAAAUAGUUGGGCGAUGCAGAUUCCGGCAUGGAUGACAAAGGACUUUUUUUUAAAAGCCCUUCGAAACUUUCUGAAAAAUGAUAAGGUGCAGAUUAUUUCGUUCACUACUGAAGAUGCCAUACCGGCAGGAGAAAACUACACUAGUGAUCUAUUUCGGACAACUAUGAUCUUUAGAAAAGAACAGGGGCACCGUACAGAGAAAUUAUCCGUUAUUGUAAAAGUAGGCAACGAGGACGGGGGAGUGAAACAAGACCUAGCAAAUAAAUUACACCUAUUUGAAAAGGAAGCUGAAAUGUUUGGACGCACUUUUCCAGCAAUGUAUGACAUUCUCGGAGAGUAUUAUACGCUUUCUUCUCAGUGCUUGUACUCAUGCCUCAAUCCUCAUUCAAUUAUUAUUCUCGAAGACUUAACGACUUUGGGUUUCAAAGUACUUCCAAGGCACAUCGGCUUCGAUUUAGAGCACUGCUUUCGGGUUGUUGAAAAGAUGGCCCAGAUGCACGCGGCAUCCGUUAUAAUGUAUGAAAAGGAUCCAUCAUUAGUGAAACUAUACUCCGAAGGACUGUACGGAGAUAAUCAUUUAGUUAGGCAAUGGGUUUCGGCUGGCUAUAAAGGUUUAAUCGAUGCCUGUUCAAGAUGGUCUGGUUUCGAGAAAUAUGGCUACAAGCUGCAAGCGCUGGGGGACGAGGCUCUGGAGAGAGGCUUUCAAGCACAAAAAAGAAAAUUAGGGGGUUUUAACGUUUUAAAUCACGGUGACCUCUGGGUUAAUAACAUGAUGUUCUCGUAUUACACAGAUAGCAAGCUUAAAGAUUUGCGAUUUAUUGACUUUCAAAUGAAUAUAUUUACAAGCCCGGCUAUAGAUUUGCACUACUUUAUAGCAACUAGUACGAAAAUUGAAGUGAAACUUGAUCAUAUAGAAAUCAUACUGGAUCAUUAUUACGCCCAGUUGAUUGCAAAUCUUGCCAAAAUGCAAUACUCCUUAGAACGCGUGCCAACGAGGGAACAGUUUAAGAAGGAUUACAACUACAGAGCAUUCUACGGCUUAAUGGGAGCAGCUACAGUAUUAGCUUUUGUUAAAGCAGCCGAGGGUCGCAAAGACGCCUCUUUCGAGAAUAUUAUAAUUGACGAAAGUAAAGAAGGAUUUAGAUAUCACGCCUACAACAAUGAGAGAUACAGAAAACAUAUGGAACAUCUUCUACCCUAUUAUGAUAGCUUCGGGAUUCUUGAUUAAGGCAAAUCACUAAACCGGAUUAUGUUACUAUAGU